AUGGAAUGGUUUGAGUUGGUGGGGACCUUAAAGAUCGUCUCGCCCGUCCUGCGCUGGACGGCCGACUUCACCCACGAACUCUUCCGCUUCGCCCUGGAGUCCGUGUGCCAUGUGCUGUACGGGGAGCGGUUAGGGCUGCUGCAGGACUUCGUGGACCCCGAGGCGCAGCGCUUCAUCGACGCCGUGACCCUGAUGUUCCACACCACCUCGCCCAUGCUCUACCUGCCGCCCGCCCUCCUCCGCCACCUCAAUGCCAAGACGUGGCGGGACCAUGUCUGGGCCUGGGAUGCCAUCUUCACCCAGGCGGACAAAUGCAUACAAAACGUCUACCGGGACCUGCGGCUGCAACGCAAGAGCACCAAGGAGUACAUGGGCAUCCUCUGCAGCCUCAUCAUGCAGGACAAGCUGCCCUUGGAUGACAUCAAGGCCAGCGUCACCGAGAUGAUGGCGGGCGGGGUGGACACAACCUCCAUGACACUGCAGUGGGCCAUGUUUGAGCUGGCACGGUCCCCAGGGGUCCAGGAGCAGCUGCGGGCAGAGGUCCUGGCCGCCAAGCGAGAGGCGGCAGGGGACAGGGUGAAGAUGCUGAAGACCAUCCGCUUGCUCAAAGCUGCCAUCAAGGAGACGCUCAGGCUGCACCCCGUGGCGGUGACCCUGCAGAGGUACACCACGCAAGAGGUCAUCCUCCAGGACUACCGCAUCCCCCCCAAGACGCUGGUGCAGGUCGGUCUGUACGCCAUGGGUCGGGACGCUGAGGUCUUCCCCAAGCCGGAGCAGUUCAGCCCCCAGCGCUGGUUGGCAGCCGGCCCCAAACCCUUCAAGGGGUUGGGUUUCGGUUUCGGACCCCGCCAGUGCCUGGGCCGCCGGAUCGCCGAGCUGGAGAUGCAGCUCUUCCUUAUGCACAUCCUGGAGAACUUCAAGAUCGAAACCAUGAGAGCGGUGGAAGUCGGGACCAAGUUCGAUCUCAUCCUCAUCCCGGACAAACCCAUCUACCUGACCUUACGGCCGCUCGAGUCUCAGGCGUGA